UUUUAGAUAUGGCGGCUGCAGGAACWAAGUGAACAACAAACGUUUGGUAAAUGUUAACAGUCUUAUACUCGUUUAAAAGAGAAGGAAGACAUGAAAAGGAAUACAUUUGAACAUACCUUAAAGUCGAGGUMGACUUGUUGAUAAAGGAAGGCGUAUCAAGCUACGUAAUCUCCAAGGUUGCGUUUUCACAAGCUUGAGGUUUUACACUUAUACCGGGAGCUGUACGAGUUGUACAAGUAUUGAUACACUGCUUAAUUUUUGAAGAUCAUAAAACUAUGGAGUCGUUGUCAUUUGAUAGAAUAUGAUAUAUAUAUAUAUAAGGUAAAAUGUGAUGGUUCCCCAUCGCUUUGUUACGCAUGGUUUUUGUGCAUGACCACGUAAACAGUCAAGGUGUGACGGUGAUGAUGCGGAAGCUUUGGUAGAUCAAGAGCGUCAAACAUAUUAUGAAAUCGAACAAUAACUUGUGAGAUCUCACCACGAUCUUGACUAGUGAACGUCUAUAGGUCAUCCAAGAUGCCUCCAGUUAGUCGACUAGAUAUGUGGGCCGAUAUGSCCGCUUGUUCGAUUGUGAACGUCGACUGUUUGAUGCCGAAUGGUGUGUUGAUCCCGAUUGAAGUGAGGAUUGAAGCAACUCUCACUGAGAUUAAAACCAAAUUAUGGCGAGAAUCUACCAGCUUUCCUCUUUCUAACCUGUUAAGAGACAUGGGUAGCUAUGUUUUUGUUUGUGUAAACUUGCAAGGUAAAGUGGAAGAACUGGUUGAUGAGAAUCGACAGCUUGUUGAUGCAAGACCUUUCAGACCCAUGUUGAAGCUGAUUGAGCGGAAAGGUGAAAAAGAAGAAAAGUUAUUAGCUUCAAAGAUCAGCGUUCUCAUAGGAAAAAACCUUGAAGAAUAUGAACAAAUGAAGAAUGCAGAAGUCGAUGAGUUUAGGCGACGUUAUGGAGAAUUUGUAGAAGGCAUAGCCCGUGAGCGUAGACAGWUGGAAUGGGAAGAAAGAGCCAUGUACGCCUAUCCCCCUCAAGUGGACUUGGGUGAAAGUGCUCCAAAAUUUGUAGAGAGAAAUCUCAUGGAAAACCGUAGAUUCCUGGUGAACGUAKCCAUCAGGAGCGAYAGAGCAUCUAUGAAAGAUAUGCAUGCGUUUAAYGUGUCAGCAGACAUCUACCCUCAGGAGCUACUCUUGCUUGUUUUGAGGAAGAGGGGAGCAAUCAUGGGAGGAGRRCAUCAUGAGACUGAUAACCUUAAYGAUUUUGUGCUGAAGGUUCUAGGAAGAGAAUGUUACCUCCUGGGUGACUAUACUUUACUUCAAUACCAGUACAUACAAGACUGCAUAACGAGAUGUGAAAGACCAGUACUGUGUCUUGUAAAGAGAGAUUCCUUGAAAGUGACAGAUAUAAGCGUAACAGGGAAACAGACUGUUGAUCCAGUUACCAGACCACCCCCACCCCUCCCCCCUCGUGAAGAAAGCCUAUCAUUAUGGAGUAUUAAUACAAGCUUGAAAAUCAAAAUUGUGUCAGCCUUCAACGUAAACACUGGAGAAUCUAUAAAAGUUGCAGUUCGUGCAGGUAUAUACCAUGGUCACCAAGUUCUUUGUGGAAUCAACAACUCCAAGCUUUGUAACGGUCCUUCUCCAGUUUGGARUGAGUUCCUCAAUUUUGAUAUUCUUGUUUCUGAUAUACCAAGAAUGGCUCGACUCUGUCUMGUSYUWUAUGGGGUGUAUGAUACCAAGAGCAGAAACAAAACCAAGGAUUCCAUUCCUUUGGCUUGGGUCAACACAACCUUGUUUGACUUUCGUGGCCAACUUCRGCAAGGACCACUUACCCUUGUGACGUGGCCAGUAACUGAAACAAUAGCUGAGCAACUGAACCCUAUUGGUACAGUGGUGUSCCAUAUCAACACCAAUAUGUCACCUGUUCUCCUGAUUGAGUUUCAGCGCUAUGCGAAUACAGUAGUUUACCCCCCAUAUCAUGAGAUUGUGGAUAUGGCGGCAGAUCACACCCACGAUGACAUUUACAAAUCAUUUUCUGAAAGUGAAUUACGAAAGUUGCGGCAGAUUAUCGAUAGAGAGCCACUUGAUCCAAUCCUUGAGCAAGAUAAGGAUUUUGUCUGGUUGCUAAGAAUGAAAUGCCGAGAGGACUAUCCACAUGCACUGGGGAAAUUACUGAGCUGUUUGAAGUGGAACUGCAAGGAAGAUGUAGCACAGAUGCAAGUGCUCUUACAGACUUGGGAACCUCUUGAUCCUGAGCAAGCUCUGGAGAUCCUAGAUUGUAAUUAUGCUGACCAGAAAGUCAGAGAAUUUGCUGUGAGAUGCCUYGAGAAUAUGAGUGAUGGUGAUCUUGGUCAAUAUUUGUUACAACUAGUCCAGGUUCUUAAAUUUGAGUCAUAUUUGGACUGUGACUUAGCAAUGUUUAUCCUCAAGCGAGCACUCAACRAUCAAGUAUUAGGCCACUCUCUGUUUUGGCUGUUAAGAGCYGAGAUGCACAAUCCUGAAGUGUCUGUAAGAUUUGGUUUGAUGCUGGAGGCAUAUCUGAGAGGMGCKCCUGAUCACAUAAAGAGCUUGCAAAAACAGAUUGAAGCACUAAAGAAGCUCAAAACCAUCUCCAGUUUGCUGUACAAUGUGGACAGUAGUAAAAGAGAGAAAGGUUUGCAGACAAUGAGAGAAUGCUUGCAACAUAAGACCUACCAGGAAGCUCUUUCCAAACUAAUAUCUCCUCUUGAUCCAACCUACAAACUCAGAAGAUUGAGGGUGGACAAGUGUAAGUUUAUGGAUUCCAAGAUGAAGCCGUUGUGGCUUGAUUUUGAAAACCAUGAUGAACUAGCAAACCCUGUGAAGAUAAUCUUCAAGAGUGGGGAUGAUCUGCGUCAAGACAUGUUGACCUUACAGCUGAUAAGGAUCAUGGAUCGACUGUGGAAGCAAGAAGGACUAGAUCUAGACAUGAUUCCUUAUGGAUGUUUAUGUACUGGGGAUAAAGUUGGUAUGAUCCAGGUGGUUGAUAAUGCAGAAACUAUAGCCAAGAUUCAAACACGACAAGGAGCAAUAUCUGGUGCUCUUAACAAGUGUUGUAUCUUGGAUUGGUUAAAUACUUGGCACGGGGAAAAAGACGAUUUGAAUGAAGCAAUACGUAGGUUCACGAUGUCAUGUGCUGGGUAUUGUGUAGCUACGUAUGUACUGGGAGUGGGUGACAGACACAGUGAUAACAUYAUGGUGUCCAAGACAGGACAGCUCUUCCACAUUGACUUUGGUCAUUUUCUUGGUAACUUCAAAAAGAAAUUUGGUAUUCGUCGAGAGAGAGUUCCUUUCGUCUUGACRGAUCAUUUUGUCCACGUGAUAACUAAAGGAAGAACAGACCGCAAACCCGAGGACACUGAAGAAUUUCAAUAUUUCAGAGGAAUUUGCGAGCAGGCGUUCCUGAUUCUUCGUCGCAAGGGUUCACUGCUGAUCAAUCUUUUUGUAAUGAUGUUAUCUGCUGGGAUACCCGAACUACGCACACCCAGUGACAUUGGUUACCUCAGAAAAACCUUGAACCUCGAGGUGUCUGAAGAUGAGGCAGUCAAGCAGUUUAAUAAGCGACUAAAAGGAGCUCUCGAUAAUAGUCACAAAGUCAGUGUCCUCUGGAUUUUACACAAUCUGUAUCGCAACAAUUGAAGAAUAUAGAGCAUGGACAUUUGGCUUUGUUUGCUAAAUUUUUACAUUUCUCGUAUAGUAGAUUGAACUGAAGGUUUGAACUCAAUGACAAAACACAGAAAGUGGGGAAAUAAAAUCAAUGUAUUUUACUACAGCCCGAAACAUCCUAUGUCAGGGAAUGGCUAACUCACAGAUGGAAUUGCAAUUUUGCACGUUGUGUUUUGCAAACGGAAGAAAACCGGAGGAAAAGAAUAUUAGAGAAAAGAAGGCGCAAUCAAAACAAAUCAAAAUCUAUCCUGAUUUUCAGCUAAAUGUAACAAAUUUGGAGAUCCUUUUAUAAAUCUACCAAGUUUUAAAGUCAAGUGUAAAGUGGAUUCUGUAGAGAACAGUACGACACGGUUAUUGCAAAUAAAAGCCUCGAAGAGAUGUGAAAGUCUACUGUUCAUUGACAAUGCAAUAGAGGCGCGACCUAUGCAUGAUGGGGUUUAGAUCAAAAGCAGUUGAUCCCUUGUUCUUCAACUCUGUACCGUAAUCCUAUGCAGUACGAGGUCAUCCAGCCCGCAUCCAUUAUAUCUUGGAAAGAAGACCCGUACAACAUCAAUAUCUAGUCAAUGAAGGCCUUACUUCCAUUGGAGUCUGUGAAGUUAAGAUGUCUUUGCGAUUUCGCAGUAAAGACAGCAYGUGACUCCCAAGCUCUUCAUCCUGUUGAACAGCAAAUUAAACUGUAUCUAACUAUAUUCCUUACACGGCUAAAAAUAAUUGGCACGUUAAGACCCAGCACAAACUCUCUAACUGUUGCUCUGAACAAUUAAAAUAGAAUCGAGWUAUACUUUUGCAACGAAGCGUGCAACAAGUACCAUGGUGURAACAUGACCUGCAACGCUGCUGSAAAUGSCCCUGCRCAACAGCUGCACCAUGUAACCGAGGCAUCAAUCAAGAYUUACCUGGAAUGACCAGGAGACGAGUAAGCUACAGGAACURGWCGRAGAUGUUCCACGAUCAUCUGAAGAUGCACUGUCGCUUAACUGGGAAUGAAAAACGAAAUAGCGGGUUCAGAUAUCUCCAUGGUAACAGUAGAAGUGAAYCGUAGUUGAUGCUGAGUAAGGCCUAGCUCUUUCAUGGCUUCUUCUGAUUCCAGUAAACGAAACGACUGAUGCAAGAAAGAAAGAUAGUCAAACACUAACUACAGUAAGAAUGGUGAUAGUACGUAGGAUAUCUUACCGUGUCCUUCAUGACCAGAACGCCUUGCAGUGGUAGAUGGUUGUUAUUAGGUGUUAAUUUGGCUCUUUUAAUAUCUAUACAGACAUAAAAACACACGUAAAUAGUAGAAUAAAUAGACCUUGAAAUACU